AUGUACGAAGAACUCGAGAAGAUUAACGCCGCGAACAACAGUAAGAGCGCGAGUGACUGGAUCGGGGCGUGGUCGAAGGCGAUCACCGACCCCCCGAGCGAGGCAGAGGUGGAGAAGAUGCGAGCUGCGGCGAUGGCGGCCGAGGAAGAGCGCUUGGCGGAGGCGAGGAGCUAUCGGUACGUCUUCGCGCACGAUCUGCUGAGCGGAUCGGGGGACUCGUUCGCGGGUAAAUAUCUCAAGGAUGCGCUAGGAAUGAUUGAUAUCGAGCUGGAGACGCCAGACUUGGUGUGUGGGAACGCGGAGUACACGGUGUCGAGCGCGUUGGAAAAGUUGACGGCGGCGCUGAACGGCGGGGAAGGGCGGAAGGAGCGACCGGUUCGGUUGAUUGGGUCGAGCACGGGGGCAUUGGUGGCGGCGCUGUACGCGGAAAGGAACCGAGACAGGGUUGACAAAGUGUUUCUUCUCGCGCCGACGUGGGGGCUGGCGAACAUUUUGACAAACUUUGAGAAGAGUUACGGCGUCAAGUUCAGCAAGGCGUUCGUCGACGACGCGAGCACGUUACCCGAGUAUCCGACGGUGACUUGCCCGGCGUAUAUCGUGCAUGGACACGAUGACGACGUUUCGCCGUUGGACAACUCCGCGCGUUGGAUGCAGAUGGCGUCGCAGUGGAUGCGACAGGAAGGUGAUUCCGACGAAAACGUCGCCGAGAGACGACUUCUCGAGGUGAGCGGCUUAGGGCACGGCGUUGAGACCGCGCUUCCAAUGUCGAUGGGGUUUUUUAAAAUUCCAAGAGUUGACUUGUACUUGCGUGAAAGAGAGCCUUGAAGGAAGAUGCAUCGCCGACGUUGACUUUCCAAAUUUAGAGCCAUCAAACCAAACUAGGAGUGGCGCAUAGCACGGCGCAUAGCAAGCUUCGUGCGACGCGCGCAAUGGGAUCUGGGGACGGCGCGUUAGCUUGAAGAUACACCAUCGCGCGCCACUACGCUAUGGCGUCCAGCACCGACGUCGAGCGGUUGCUCGCGCAGACACAGAGGGAGAGGAAUGUUCGCGCCACGCUCAAGAUGCAAAUCAAGCAGCACGCUCAAAAGGAACGCGAUUUCGCGGAGUGGGAAGAACGUCUCGUCGACAAGCAGCAGCGAAUCGAGGAUAACAUCGUAAACUGUGAUGAUAUGCUGCGCCAGGCGGAUGCGAAACGCGAGCACGCAGAGGACAACGUCAAACGGGACGCGGAGUCCCAGCGAAGUAGCAUGCGCGACAUCGCCAGGCUGCGCGCACAACUUGAAGACAUCCGCGCAAAGUGUGCACACGUUUCAGAUGAAAUUCAGGCGAGCUCGAAAUACUUUGAGUUUUUAAGCCGCUCGAGUCAAAUCGUGCUUGCGCGCAAUUCGUCCAAGGCUGAAGACGUUUACGAACUCGUGGAAGAGAUCCUCGAUCGUCACCGGACCCUCGUGAUGGCGAAUCAUCAAUUACAAGAUCAGUUCAAAGUGACCGCACGGUCGCACGACGACUUGACCGACGCGCAUAACAAGUACGUGGACGAUUCGCGCGAAAACAUUUUGGCGUUGAACACGCGCCUCGGCGGCAUGAAACGCUUGCUCGAGUCUAACAUGCGAAGCACUAGCGCGAGCAUGACGACGAUGACACACUUCGCCAAAAAGUGUGCGCUUAAGCACUCGUCCGUGAGCUUGGUGAAGAUGGCGACUGAGAACAUAUUCGUCAAGUGCACGUCGCGCUCGCACGUCGCCCGCUGCGCCACAGGACGCGAGCACGCGAGCGACACUAGCGUGCGACUGAGCAUCAUACGACACUUCCUCUGCGACAUGCGUGCUAUCGCCCGCGAGACGACCUGUGAUAGAUAAUAGACUCUCU